GCCUCUGAGUCCUCAAGUGCCUGUCCUGCAAAGAUUGGCACCUCAAAUUGUGUUCAGGGUGUGGAUGGGGAGGUGGUGAGCCUGGUGAAUUCCGCAUGGUAGAACCAACAUUUACCAAAGGCAGUUUGCUCUGAGCCCUACCCAGCACCAGGUGCUAAAAGGCAGCAAAGCAUGAUGAGAGAUGGCUUCUGAAAUAGGUUCCGCAUCUGGGGAUUUGGGUUCCUCUGCCAGCCUAAGGCAGAGCUGUCCUCAACUGCUGGGAGAACCUGGAACAGGAAAACUGCUCUGAGUCGCCGGGGGGACUCUACAGCUCCGUGGCCACAUCGUGGCUUGGGCCCCUAGCCUAUUCUAGCCAGUCAGCACAGGGAGUUUGGGUUGUGCUGGAGGAGCUGGCUGUGUGCAGGCGGCCGAGUGAGCUGCCUGCUAAUGGGGCUGGGCCACCCCGUGCUGCUCCCUGGAGGCUGGACAAGGCUGGGAUUGUUCCCUGGCUCCCCUUUGUCUCCCCACUCCCCGCCCAGGCCUGGCCCCUCUCCUCCAUCAGCCUGGCUGGCAGCAGCCUCGGACUCCGCCCGUGGAGCCCUGGGCCUGCUGACCCACCAGCUUAGGAGCACCCGCCAAGCUCUGGGUCAACGUGGAGGUGCCAGGCCACCAUGCUCAGUCUCAAGCUGCCCCAACUUCUUCAAGUCCAUCAGGUCCCCCGGGUGUUCUGGGAAGAUGGCAUCAUGUCUGGCUACCGCCGCCCCACCAGCUCGGCUUUGGACUGUGUUCUCAGCUCCUUCCAGAUGACCAACGAGACGGUCAACAUCUGGACUCACUUCCUGCCCACCUGGUACUUCCUGUGGCGGCUCCUGGCGCUGGCGGGCGGCCCCGGCUUCCGCGCGGAGCCGUACCACUGGCCGCUGCUGGUCUUCCUGCUGCCCGCCUGCCUCUACCCCUUCGCGUCGUGCUGCGCGCACACCUUCAGCUCCAUGUCGCCCCGCGCGCGCCACAUCUGCUACUUCCUGGACUACGGCGCGCUCAGCCUCUACAGCCUGGGCUGCGCCUUCCCCUAUGCCGCCUACUCCAUGCCGGCCUCCUGGCUGCACGGCCGCCUGCACCAGUUCUUUGUGCCUGCCGCCGCACUCAACUCCUUCUUGUGCACCGGCCUCUCCUGCUACUCCCGUUUCCUGGAGCUGGAAAGCCCUGGGCUCAGUAAGGUUCUCCGCACAGCAGCCUUCGCCUAUCCCUUCCUGUUCGACAACCUCCCACUCUUUUAUAGGCUCGGGCUGUGCUGGGGCAGGGGCCACAGCUGUGGGCAGGAGGCCCUGAGCACCAGCCAUGGCUACCACCUCUUCUGUGCGCUGCUCACUGGCUUCCUCUUCGCCUCCCACCUGCCCGAAAGGCUGGCACCAGGACGCUUUGACUACAUCGGUGAGGGCACGCCUGGCCCGGCCCGGGAAGAGGCAGGGGCAGAUGGCUUCCCAGAGCACAGAAUGAACUGGGCCACAGCCACCAGCUAUUCCACAUCUGUGCAGUGCUGGGCACCCACUUCCAGCUGGAGGCAGUGCUGGCUGAUAUGGGAUCGCGCAGAGCCUGGCUGGCCACACAGGAACCUGCCCUGGGCCUGGCAGGCACAGCGGCCACACUGGUCUUGGCUGUAGCCGGGAACCUACUCAUCAUUGCCGCUUUCACAGCCUCCCUGCUUCGGGCCCCCAGUACAUGCCCUCUGCUGCAGGGUGGCCCACUGGAGGGGGGUACUCAGGCCAAACAACAGUGAAGCCCCCUCCCUGACCCUGCCCUGGAGGGGGCAGAGGCCAGGCCCCCGUGCUGAGGAGGAGCCCAGAUUUGGGCCUAAUCAGGUGGGGACACAUCUCGGCCUGGAACCAACAGGGGCUGAGGAGAGAGGGCACAGGAGA